GUUAGAAAUUUGCCGGACUUCGGAUCUCGACAAUCUUUGGUGAUAUUUUGUCGGUAGAUAUUCCCCAGCCUCGUAGGCCCUUUGUGUGUUCGGCAUGCAGCUAAUACUUUAGUCAAUAUGUCGUCAUGGAGAUACGAGUAUAUAUAUUUAUAUAUAUAUAUUGUAUGAAAACUCAAAUGUACCCGGUUAUGGAAGACAGUCCAUUUUCGCCACAAGCUCGCGACCAUCGUAGCAAUGGCGCCCGUUCGAGACCUGAGCGCAUUUCUCCCCACGCGGUCUGUCCCGCAGUUCGCCACAAAAGUCUUCGCCCGUCAAGCUGCCACAACCACCGUUGUCACAACGGGCUCCGACAGCGCCAACAGCAACAACUUAUCCGGUGGCGCCAUCGCCGGUAUCGUCAUCGGCUCCAUCGUGGGUCUUCUGUUGCUGAUAUGGAUCAUCCGGUCGUGCUUGAACCUAGGAAAGACCAAUCAAUGGGGACAGAGCUUCGGCGAGCAGGAGAAGCCUCCUAGAUCCGGCCCGCCCCCAACAUACUAUCGCCAGGAAGCCAGCCGUACUCGUCAUCACAGCAGGGGUAGGCGCUCAAGAUCCAGGCGCUCAAGGUCCAGGCACUCGCACUACGAUCGCAGCCCAAGACGCAGUGUAGAGGUGCGCCCUGUCUACGUCCAAGAACCUGUCGCACCUCAACAGGCCUAUUAUCCAAGAGAUACAAGACGUUCAUCGAGGAGGAGUAGUAGGAACUACUAUGUCUAAGACACCACUUUGGGGAAUGGAAAUAAUGGGGGUGCGAGGUUUUUUUUUUUUUCUUUUUAUCUUUUUACGAAUCGUGGAUGGUUUUUUCCACUAGUCACAACGUUGUAUGCGAAAUCUACCAUACAUCAUCCGAUCUAACGAACAUUUGGAACUAGAAUUUCGACGCAAGGGAGAUUAACCAUGGGAAUGACAUGGGCCUUGCGUUGAGUACUUAGACAUUCUGAUUUAUGAUAUGAUUAUAAAUUCGUUAGACGAUACAGUCAAUUUAUCAUUUUACAUUU